UGUGUAAACACCUACACGGAACAGAUCCGUGGAGAGCGGUUGUGUCUGCAGGUCCACGCAGAUUAUUAAUUGAAUAAGGGUGAAUGGGAAAGAUUAUAUGAUAUUCCCGCCGCUGACUCUGGGGCCUUGCAGGGUAAGAGUCGGGAAGAAGAAAGCCACUCUGGUUGUUUCAUUGUAAGGAGGACGGAGUGCGAGAUAAAUCAGCGCUUGUCGACGACCAUGGCAGCGGCGACCGUUGCGGAGGUUGACCCGGCGGAGAGCGAAGCCUGCGCCGGUUUCGCCGGCGUCCAGAACCGGGACUGGGAUGAGUCUCAGCUCCGAAAAUACUCCUUCCCAACCAAGCCCAUACCCAGACUGUCUCACACGGACCCCAGAGCAGAAAUACUAAUAAACAAUGAGGAACCAGUGGUUUUAACAGACACAAACCUUGUGUAUCCAGCUCUCAAAUGGGACAUUGCAUACCUACAGGAGAACAUUGGACAUGGAGACUUCUCUGUUUACAUUGCAGAAAACCACAAAUUCCUCUACUAUGAUGAGAAAAAAAUGGCUAAUUUUGAGAACUUUGUCCCCAAGUCACAACGAGUGGAAAUGAAAUUCUCUGAAUUUGUGGAUAAAAUGCAUAUAACGGAGCAAAUGGGAGGAGAGGAGAGGGUAUAUCUGCAGCAGACCCUGAAUGACACAGUAGGGAAGAAGAUUGUUCUUGACUUCCUUGGGUUCAACUGGAACUGGAUCAACAAGCAGCAAGCCCAGAGAAACUGGGGACAGCUGACAUCCAACCUGCUGCUCAUAGGCAUGGAGGGCAAUGUGACACCAGCACAUUACGACGAGCAGCAGAACUUCUUUGCACAGAUCAAAGGCCAUAAGAGAUGCAUCCUCUUCCCUCCAGACCAGUUUGAGUGUCUCUAUCCAUACCCUGUGCAUCACCCCUGUGACAGACAGAGCCAAGUUGAUUUUGAUAACCCUGAUUAUGAGAAGUUUCCCAAUUUUAAAAAUGUUGUUGGCUAUGAGGCUGUUGUGGGCCCAGGAGAUGUGCUCUACAUCCCCAUGUAUUGGUGGCAUCACAUUGAAUCACUGUUGAACGGUGGAGUGACGGUCACUGUAAACUUCUGGUACAAAGGUGCCCCCACACCCAAGAGGAUCGAAUAUCCCCUACGAGCGCAUCAGAAGGUGGCCAUCAUGAGAAAUAUUGAGAAGAUGCUGGGAGAAGCACUUGGAGACCCACAUGAAGUUGGACCUUUACUGAAAACAAUGAUCAAGGGCAGAUAUGACCAGGAUCUCAGUUAGAGCCCCACCCUCAAAACUGUUAACUAGACUGCUUUGGAAACUGUAUGCGUGUGGAAGUGAGACUGCUGCGUGUGUGUAAUGCGCAUUCUGACUUUGGAGCUACGUAUCACUGCAUGGCAAUAGGCAGCCAUCUUGAAACCAUUACCGCUUCAGUCGUCUCCCGAGUGCCAUGGUCAUCGCAGUACAACAAUUACAGAAGACACAUGUGACUUACUGAUGGGAAUUCGCCCUACUUGAAGAAGUAUUUGAAGAGGAGGCCUAAUUUGGCUCCAGUCUACAUAUAUUUAUGUGAAUUAGUCUCAGCAUUCUUAUAAUUUAAGCUAAUGGGUAUUUGGGUGCAUUUGCUCAGCCAGUCAGUAGAAGUUGUCUAAGAUUGGUACCUUUGGAACAACCUUAAUAUUAUGACCACUAAUGGAUGAGUCAAGGGGAAUUUAUAUAGAGUACACUUCAGUUAAAAAGAUAGCACAUUUCUUAUAUAGAUGUAAUAACACAGUUGUGGGUUGAUUACUAAACGUAGAAUGACCAUACUGCAUUUUCCAUCUCUAUCACAAAGACAGCUUUAAAACUGAUUUGGUUCAUACCACUAAAGAUGACAGGUCUCGUAAGUGUUUUAAAUUAUUUAUCCAUGUAAUCUGCAUUGUUGAUAUGCCUGCCCACAUGGUUUUGGGGAGUGUGCUGCAGGAAUGUUCAGUUGCAAAUAAGACAGCAUAGACACAGUAAUAAAACACAGUAGUACAGUGAUUAAAAACGCUGAUGAAAUAUGAUCAAAAAUAUGUGUGGGUAUGAAAAAAGGGGGGGAUCAUAUAUUUAGCUGAAGGAAUAUGUGACCGCUUGCAGCUAAAUUAUUUUAGCUGAGUGAUUGCUUUGUGUUUUAUUUAUGCUCCAGCUUGUUUGAUUUAUAUUUCAAAGACUUUAUUGGAUGUGCUAUUCUGCGUACCAGUAAUAGAUGAGAGGGCACUGAAAAUUGACCUUCUGCAAUUUUAGCUGCAAAUAGUUACAUUUAGGAAUUAAAAGAAAAUACUGUAAGUUACUGUUUUGGGGAAGCUUCUCAAAGUAAUUACAGAUUAUUUUUUCUAGGGAAUAUAAUGGUUGAAACAGUUGAUUUGUUUUAAUAUAGCAUUUUAUAAAUAGACUGAACAAGCAGGACCAUCUGCUGGGAUGUAGUUUAUAUAUCAGCCAUUGCAGAGCAACAUAACGUACCAUCUAGUGGUCAAGUUUGCAGUUGCAUGUUAAGCUUGAGGUGUCGUUUCCUAGUCAAUGCAUCAUACUGCUACAGUACAAACAUUCAAGGUGUUGUAUUAAAUGUAGCAGAUCCAAGAUAAACUUGCUGCAAUGUGUAUAAAAGUCUAAUUCUGGUUGAAAACUUGCGCUAAUGAUUACUUUAGGUUUGCAAUUCUCAGAAAUGCACAUAUUUUUACUUACAUGCAGCCAUAUUUUAAAAACCUUAGUGUUUAAAGUUUAUAGUGCUCUCUCUGUCUGUAAAAAUGUACAUUAAAAAGGGGAGGAUAAUUUCAUAUAUUGUGCUUUAUGUGCCAAACCAAUGUACAAACCAGUACAUGGGUAUCUCUGUAAUCAGAAAGCUUUGUCUGUUUGUGAAAUUGGAUGAAUCAUGCGGUGAACUAUAAAAUAGCAAUACCCAAGCACUUAAUUCACGGUUCAACCUUUGAAUUGCUGGGAAUGUGCAUAUCUGUUUACAAAUUGCACGGCGAUGGAACAGGGCUACUUCCUCUAAAAGAAUUUACCUGACGUAAGACUGAUGUUUCAUCUGUUUUGCUAGGUUAACCGUUUACUAAAUGUGCCUUGCACAAACAAUGGCAUGGCACUAAAUGUUGCAAGGACUUGAUUUUUUUCAUUUUAUGGUCAAAAUUAGUUUGUUUUCAGUCUGGCAUUAAACAGCUUUAAAAGGUAGGACUGACAAGGGUUCAUAGAGAUAGAAAAAUGUUUUUAUUGAUGGAUGCCUGAGUUUUGUUUUGAACAUCCAGCAUGUGCUCGUUCCUCUGAUUAAAGUUUGUUUGCAAAGUUCUACAA